AUGAGCUUUCUUGUUGUCGACGGUGUCGAGGUCAUGUGGCUAUAUAUCAGCAGUUGCGUCUACAGUCCAGCGGCGUUUUGCACUAAAGCCACAUUGUUGCUGCUCAUCGCUCGCGUCUUCUCGGUCAAGCCGAUGAUCUCCAGAGGUGUAAAGGUUUUCAUUUGCACGCUGGCUUUGGCUUACCUUCCCGUCCAAGGUCUCAAGACCUUCAUCUGCACUCCUAUCGAAGCUUUCUGGGAACCAACAUAUAUGGAUGUCGAGACUGGGGAGAACCCUUACUGCCUCGACCAAUUCCGGCUUUUCAUGUGCGACAUUUCGAUUGCCAUCGUCACCGAUCUGAUUAUUCUUAUUCUUCCAAUCCCACUGGUCUGGGAGAUGCGAGCACCUCGAAGGCAAAAGGUGAAAAUGAUCAUCUUGCUAGGGGCUGGUGGUGCCGCGACCGCGGCGACAGUCGUCAGGGCCUACCUGAACACCCGAUUCAUGUAUUCGAGAAAUGUCUCCGCCGACUUCGCCUUGAUAAUAAUUACAACAAUCCUCGAACUGUCCACCGGUUUUGCCUGUGUCUGUCUCCCGUCGGCGAAAUUCAUGCUCGACAGAGCCACGUCGUCGCUCGAUCACCCUGAUCAAAAUUGA